CAUUGUUUCCAUCUUCACGACGCAAUCUGUCUGCGCACUGGUUUUUCUCGCUGGUUGUUCUUAAACGAAACAAGAAAAGAAAAACAAAGAAAACAAAGAAUUGCCUGCGUAUUAAGUGUUUGUAUCACACACACAAAAAAGAGAACAGGUCGAUCUCUCGUUCGUGCACAUUUCAUCCACUCCUCCACCCCAGAACAACACCCUUCGACAAAGAACCUCACCUCAGCUCACCUCCCCCAUCUCGCUUUCCUAAAACCACAACUCACGUCGAUCUCUCUCUCAAUCACCCGCUGGAGAUACCACCCUAGUACCAAACGAAAGAGAAAACACACAAACCUGAUAUACUCCACACAACCCAAACACGCGCAAAACACAGGACCGACCCAAAAGAAAGCAAUGGCCGAUAACGCGACGGUCGCGUCCCUUCUGGCUGCACUAACUCAACGAGCCCAGCAACAGCAACAGCAACAACAACAACCGCAAGCAACACAACAACACCAGCAAGUCUACCCAAACAUCGCGCAAUUCGCCGCGGCCGGAGGCGCCUUACAAUCCCCUCCCCUGCCCCAAUACGCCGUCCCCGCCGCAAACAACCCGCUCCUAGCACAACUCGCGGCGCUGCAGAGCCAGGCCAACCCCGGCGCGGCGAGUGCUGCGCUGGCGGCGCUGACGGCUGCUACGGCUGCGGGCGGGAGCGCGAGCGCGAUUCAUGUGCCGCCGCCUUCGAAUUCGGGGUAUUUGGAUAUAAACCAGUUGAGCAAAGCUGAUCCUAGAGAUAGUCUGUCUAUCGGAGAGUACUACGGCAAAGUCUUGGACCGGGAUCGGAAAGGAGGCUCCUACGACAACUCAGACUCUCGAGACCCGCGCAGUCGAUUCCGAGAUCAAAGUCGAGAAUACCACGACCGCGACCGUGAUCGCGACCGUGAUCGUGACCGCGACCGCGGCCGGCGCAGAGACCACUCGCCUCCUCGCCUGCGCCCCGACGAACGCGUCCGCGAAUGCAGUCCGCGACGAGACCCGUCCCCCGGCGGAACGGUGACCGCCUCUCUCGUCGUCAAGACGCCGUUCGUGGGACUAAUCAUCGGGCGCGGCGGCGAGACGCUGAAGCGGAUCGAGCAGGAGAGCGGGGCGCGGAUACAGUUUAUCACGAACGGGAUCGAGGGGCCUGAGCGGGUUUGCCAUAUCUCUGGCAAGCCGUUCCAAAUCACGGUCGCGAAGAGGACGGUGGUGGAGAUGAUUGAGUCUGCGCUUGUCGAUGGACGGGGGAAACCGUUGCCGAAUGGCGGGGGGUCUGCUAUGCGGUACUGAUAUCUCUACUAAGCUUAAACGUUGUGGCUUAUCUCUAAUAAAAGCAUUUCUUCGUAU